CAACACCUCUGCAAUCUGACAAGGGCAAGGACUUUGCGCACAAUCCAUCAAGACCAUGGCGACUACCAACAGACACACCCCACUAGCCACAAUCGGCAUCCUAUCGAUUGGCGACAUGGGCCUCGGCAUUGCCAAGCUGCUCAAGGCCAAGGGCUUCUCUGUGGCGACGAAUUGUCAGGGUCGCAGCCAAGACACCAUCGACAGGGCAGCCGAGGCGCACGUCAACAUGCUGCCCAGCGACGUCGCCCUGGUCGGCGCCUGCGACGUCAUCCUCUCCGUGGUGCCGCCGCGCGACGCCGAGGCCACGGCGCAGCGCAUCCUGGACGCCGUGGCCGUCCUCCCGGGGGCGCGCGAUCCCGACGCGCCGCCGCUCCACUUCGCCGACAUGAACGCGGUCGCCCCGUCCACGUCCAGGGCCAUGGCCGCGUCAUUCGCCAAGUCGGGCCUGCCCGUCGCCUUCGUCGACGGCUCCAUCAUCGGCGGCCCACCCACACCACUCCAGGGCGAGUCGGGCGAGUGGUCGCUGCCGCUGAUGCCCGCCUCCGGUCCGCACAAGCUCGCCGACUUGCCCCGCUAUGGAGAGCAGCUGACCGCGGCGCUGCGCAUGCGCCACAUCUCGGACGAGGUGGGCGCCGCGUCCGGGCUCAAGAUGUGCUUUGCGAGCAUGACCAAGGGAUACACGGCCAUCGCGCUGCAGGCCUUCACGUCGGCGCGGCGCAUGGGCGUGCUGGGCGACCUCCAGGACGCGAUGCGCACUGUGGCUGGGCCGGCGCGCCUCGAGCAGACUGAGGCUGGGCUGGUGGGUAUGGCGCCUAAGGCGUAUCGCUGGGUGUGUGAGAUGGAGGAGAUUGGUAAGACACAUGCUGAGGAGGGUGGUUUUGACGGGGACCUGUUCCGGGGCGUGGCUGGCGUGUAUCGGACGGUGGCGGAUGAUACUGUGCUGGGGCUGGAGAAGGUUGGCAAACGGGUCCGGGGCACUACGGCUGAUGACAUUGCACAGGCUAUGGUGGAGGGGAUGGAGGCUAAGAGGAGGAAGACGGAGUGAAUUGGUUAGUUGCAAGCUUAUGGGAGACGUUUGUAAACUUUGACAGUCUUUAUUGGAACUACCUACGAAAUGGACAAAAUGUAUUGUACUAUAAUCUAGGGAGUGGCAACUUUAUACGACAAGGGUUGAAAUGGG